GAGGUUGCUCGCGCUUGGAGCUGUGGGACUUUCUCCCUCUGCUCUCCGAGCUCUCCGGAAUAGGACCAGCAGCGACAAGAAGCUGUGGCGCCUUCUCCGGCUUGCAGACCGGCUGAAGCCUCGGGAAGUUCUCGGCGCCCAAUUGUCAAGAGAAGGGCAACUUUCGCGUCAGUUCUUCUCUGCCUCAGUUCCACGUCGGAUUACUAUGAAACCACAGCAGUUGAAUUUAAUGUUUUUGGAGAAAACAACUGACCAACUGAUUAUUUUCUUCUAACUUUAGUGAAGAGAUGUGUGUGAUUGACAGAACCACAAACAAGAAUUCUACAGAGGCCCAACCUGUUCUAGGACUGGUCUUGGGUAGCAUCUCCCUGACCACAGUUGUCAUGAAUAUUUUGGUCCUGUACGCAGUGAGAACAGAAAAGAAACUGCAGACUGUUGGCAAUCUUUAUAUUGUCAGUCUUUCAUGUGCUGAUGUUAUAGUUGGUGCAGCUGUCAUGCCACUAAACAUUGUGUACUUGCUGAAGGAUAAAUGGAUCUGGAAUAGAAAUGCUUGCCUGUUUUGGCUGUCAAUGGAUUAUGUUGCUAGCACAGCCUCCAUAUUCAGUCUCUUCAUACUUUGCAUAGAUCGUUACCGUUCUGUCCAGCAGCCACUAAAAUAUCUCAGGUACCGGACCAAAACUAGAGCCUCUGUUAUGAUAUCAGUAGCUUGGCUGCUCUCUUGUAUGUGGGUAAUCCCAAUCCUUGGCUGGCGUAAUUUUUAUAAGGACAGCAACACAACUGUUAACAAUGGGACUGAUAAUGGAAAUAUAUGUGAAACAGAUUUUUGCAAUAUCGUGUGGUUUAAAGUUUUGACAGCCAUGAUAAACUUUUAUGUGCCAUCACUGCUGAUGCUUUGGUUCUAUGCAAAAAUAUACAAGGCUGUCCAGAGGCAUUAUCAGCACCGGGAGCACAUAAAUGGGUCUUUUAUAUCAUCCUCGGAAAAAUCAGGUAUGUACAGUGGAAGGCUGCAAGAAGUGCAAAAGAUUUGUUUUGGAAGUGCAAGUAAAGAUAUUGGACACAUCUCAAACGAGAACAGCUGUGACCAGAACAAAAGAACGGCAGCCAAAUAUCCAGCAAGCAGUUUUGUUGACAUCCCAAAGGGUUUUCGUUGCAGUAACCAUGAAGUAGUGAAGCUUAGCUGUUUUCCUCUAGCCCUUGCACAGAGUGACAUGAAAACAGGCACUGCAGGCAUGAGGUAUGACUGUGUCAAUAAAAGCACUCCGAAUACAGAGAGCCUUUGCCUCCAAGACUUUGAGUUAAACAAGACUUUGGAUGAGAAGAUUUACGCAGAGCAGCCUCCCUGCAGAAAUUACUCUGAUUUCACUCUAGAGGAUCAUCCUUAUAUCGAAGGGUGUUUCCCUCAGUAUACCAACAAAAAAGACAGCACAAGUCUCCGUCAGUUGAAAAAGACAUGGGAGAAGCUCCGCAGCCAUUCCAUGAGUGUUAAUCAAGGGUUGCGUAUGAACAGAGACAGAAAGGCAGCCAAACAAUUGGGAUUCAUAAUGGCGGCAUUUAUGCUGUGCUGGAGUCCAUAUUUUGUUUUCUUCAUGGUCAUGGCCUAUUGUGAAAGCUGCUACAAUCGGCCAGUUCAUAUGUUUACUAUUUGGCUUGGCUAUAUAAAUUCUACUUUAAAUCCAUUUAUAUAUCCACUCUGUAAUGAGAACUUCAAAAAGGCUUUCAAGAAGAUAUUUCAUAUGAAACCCUAACUUCUUUUUUGGAAUAUUCUGGGGUGGACUGAGGCAGGGGAUCCUCAAUAUCAUGGCGGAAGGAAAAAUUGACUUUCUGGUACUAUAAAGAAUAAUUGCAAACGCAGCGAAUUCUUUUAGAACAUCCUUGGGAACUGAAGAAAUUGAAAAGAGUGAAAAAUGAAAAGGAGAGAUUUGGACAAUUUAAGUAAAAUAUUGUGCUUUUAUUAAUUAAACACUCCCAAGUUUCAGCGUCAGGAUUGUUUUUGUUUUGAAAAUAUUUUCAACUGUAUUUUUAUUUUCCAGUUCUAUUCUUUGUAAAACUGAGACAAAAUUAAGUAUGUUAGCACUUAACCUAGUUUCUAAAGCUGAAGCAGAUGUUUCUUCACUUCAGUGGUCAGUUUGCUAUUGUCACUUGUCUCUUGAUAUUAUUAUAUGCUCCCUGAUUCCCAGAGCAAUGAGAAUGAUUUGAUGGAUAUAGCAGUCAGUUUUACCGCACACAAUAUUGGUUGUAACAUGUGUCAGAUACUUAGUGGUUGGUAUACCUGCCUCUGUUGAACUGCAGAUUGUAAACUCCUUGGGGCUGAGACUUGUCCUUCUACACUUGAUAAAGCACCGUGCACACUGCUGGUGUGUGAGAGAGAGAGAGAGAGAGA